AUGAGCAAGACAGAGCUGACUUUUGGACGGACACACAUUUUUUCUAGGCCCUGCUGUCUGAGUUUGGGUAGACCAGUUGCCAGAGCCAGGAUGCCCUUCCCCUCCUGCCAGCCCAACUCUCUUCCUGUCCUCUUGGUCAGUGGAUACUUUCCUGAAAAGCCACUGAGCAAACCGCUGUGGGAGUGGAAAGUCAGCCACCCCUCCUCUCCUUUGGGGGACGCGGAGGCUAGUGCAGUGAGGACAGAGCCGGUCAGAAUGCCUCACGACCCCUCACAGCAAGGGCUGUUCCUAGAGAAAUACCCAAACAGAGAGCUGGUGCAGAGUAGAUGGAGUGACGAUUGGAGUGAGAUAUGA